CCCGGAGCCCCCGAGCGUGCUCCGUCGCUGCCCCCCGGACGGCUGCCCGCCUCUGCUUCCUCGCUGAGGUCCCCGCCGCCCCCAGCAUGAGCCAGGAGGACAUGUCGCUCCGGAAGCGCCCGGCCCGGCCCGGGGAGGGUCCCGAAGACGCCGCAGACCCCAAGGUCCCCAGCAAGGAUGCCCAGGGGACGCCCGAAAACGGUCAGGUUGACAUGAAACAGUUGAUAGCGAAAAAGAUGAAGUUGACUGCUGAGGCGGAGGAGCUGAAGCCGUUCUUCAUGAAGGAGGUCGGCAGCCACUUCGACGACUUUGUGAGCAACCUCAUCGAGAAGUCGGCCUCGCUGGACAGCGGGGGCCGCGCCCUCACCACCUUCUCGGCCCUCCUAGGGGACAAGAACCACCGAGCCCAAGACCUUCGGGCGCCCCCGGAAAAGGGCAAGGUUUUUGUCGUCCGGAGAUCGCUCCUGGACGAGCUGCUCGAGGUGGACCACAUCCGCACCAUCCACCACAUGUUCAUCGCGCUGCUCAUCCUCUUCAUCCUCAGUACGCUGGUCGUGGACUACAUCGACCAGGGAAGGCUGGUGCUGGACUUCAACAUGCUGACCUUUGCCUUCACCAUGUCCUCCGUGGCCCUGUGGACGUGGUGGGCCAUGUUCCUGGGCACCCUCGUGGUCCCCUACUCCCUGCUCCACCUGUGGGCCAAGGGCUACCGGACGAGCUCCUUCCCGCGCGUCCGCUCGCUGCUCUUCGGCCUGCUCUUCAUGGCCUUCCAGAUCGGCGGGCUGGGCUGCGGCGUGGCCUACGUCGUCCUCCAGCACACGUCCACUCCGGGUACCCGUGGCAUCAUCGUCAUCGAGCAGAUCCGGUUUGUGAUGAAGGCCCACUCGCUGAUCAGGGAGACAGUCCCACGAGUGCUGAAUGCAGCCAAGGCGAAAUCAGACACGGUCCCGUUGCCCACCAUCGGCCAGUACCUGUACUUCCUGUUCGCACCCACCCUCAUCUACCGGGACAGCUACCCCAGGACCCCGUCCAUCCGCUGGGGCUACGUGGCCAUGCAGUUUGUACAGGUGUUCGGCUGCUGCUUCUACGUGUACUACAUCUUCGAGAGACUCUGCAGGCCGCUGUUCCGGGAAAUCCGGGAGGAGCCCUUCAGCGCCCGCGUGCUGGUCCUCUGCAUCUUCAACUCCAUCCUGCCGGCUGCCCUGAUGCUCUUCCUCACCUUCUUCGCCGUUCUACACUGCUGGCUCAACGCCUUUGCUGAGAUGCUGCGUUUUGGGGACCGCAUGUUCUACAGGGAUUGGUGGAACUCCACGUCGUACGCCAACUACUACCGGACGUGGAACGUGGUGGUCCAUGACUGGCUUUAUUACUACGCGUAUAAGGACUUCCUCUGGUUUUUCUCGAAGAAAUUCAAGGCGGCCGCGAUGCUGUCUGUGUUCGCCGUCUCGGCGGUGGUGCAUGAGUACGCCAUGGCGAUCAUCCUCAACUUCUUCUAUCCUGUCCUCUUCGUGCUCUUCAUGUUCUUCGGAAUGGCCUUCAACUUCAUCUUCCACGACCGCUGGAAGCGACCCAUCUGGAACAUCAUGGUGUGGACCUCGCUCUUCGCUGGCCAUGGCAUCCUGCUGUGCCUCUACUCCCAGGAGUGGCACGCACGUCAGCACUGCCCCCUGAAGAACCCCACAUUUCUCGACUACAUCCAGCCGCGCUCCUGGACGUGUAGCUAGCUUCGUGUUCUAGACGCCGGCCCCGGGCAUCCGUGACUCAAUGAUGGGCUUGUGUUUGUUCCAGCUGAGCCUAAUCCCCCUGGCUCUCCGUGCUCCCGGGCCCCUGGCUGAGGACCCUCUCGCACACUUGUCGACACAGUGCCUCCUGGCGGCGGGAGCCCUUACACCGAGCAUAGGUGGGACUGAGCGCAUCUCCAUGCCCUGGGGGCGAGCAUCCUUCUUCUCGGCCACCGAGUCAGCGAAACGCUCUGGGCAAGUCUCUUAUUCGCAGCGUUGGACUGUGCUGAUUCAGCUUUGCUCUUGGGGGAAGAAGUUGAUGGAGAGUCUUGACUUUUCCUUGCGGAACCAGAAAAAAAUCAAGAGACUUUUCCUCCCCCCGCCAGAAGAUAAUCUUUGUUACACGUACCAACUCUCAUGGCUUUUCUUUUUCGUCUUCUUCUUCAAAUUGCAGUCCUUACUCGAUUUUUUUUUUAACCUUGUUUUCAUUCUGUGAUAGAGAGCUCAUGAUUUGUGAAAAGAAAGUAAGAGCUUUCACCUGGGUUUUGAGGGAUUCUUGCAUUCGUAAUACUUAUCGAACGAGGAGCAAGACAUACGGAAGAAAACAACCCAGAAGUAGCACAAGACAAAGCACAUAUAUAUAUUUCCAGGGUCAGGGAGGUGGGUCUGGCUUAGAACAUCAUGCCUUGGGCUGGAGAGAUAGCAAAGCGGGUAGGGCGUUUGCCUUGCACGCGGCCGACCCGGGUUCGAUCCCCGGCUUUCCAUAUGGUCCCCCGAGCAUCACCAGGAGUAAUUCCUGAGUUCAAAAGCCAGGAGUCAGCCCUGAGCAUUGCUGGGUGUGACCCAAGAAGAGGAAGAAAGAAAGAAAGAAAGAAAGAAAGAAAGAAAGAAAGAAAGAAAGUCAUGCCUAACAUCUCUGAGGCCCUGGGUUCAAUUCCUGACUACUGAAAAAAUAAUCCCUUUAUAAUUUCAAAUUAUGGGGAAGUGCUAUACCCGGUGGUGCUUGCUCCUGGCUUGGUGCUCAGUGUAUGUGGGGCUGAGGAUUUGAACCCAGAUCAGCAGAAUACAAGACAAGUGCCUUAAGCUCAGUAUUAUGUCUCCCAUGGUAGUUCUUUAAAAAUUAGUUGUUGGGAGAGCUUUUGCCUUGCACGUGGCCGUCCCGGGUUCGAUCCCCCCGGCAUCCCAUAGGGUCCCCCCACCACCAGGAGUGAUUCCUGAGUGCAGAGCCAGGGGUAACCCCUGAGCGUAGCUGGGUAUGGACCAAAAAAACAAAAAAAACAAAUUAAAAUGGACUGCAAGGUCAGUUAUGUGGUCUGUGGAAAAUGACUUUGUUUCAAUUGGAACAUGUGAAAGGUUCAGACAUACCCUUUGCAGUUUUCUCGUUGUCUGUUACUGUGUCACUGACUUGAAUCGUUUUACUUGUAAGUCUGUAGCCUAAGUAUUAAUCAUCUCCAUGGAUAUUAAAGGGAUUUUUUUUUUCUUAAG